AAUAAAAUGGCCGAAAAUUGAUUUUUCUUCGGGGACGUGAGUUCUAUGAAAUUUUUUACAUUUAACUAAGUAUGUAUAAAAAACAUAUAUGCUAAGAAACAACAAUGUAUUGAAAAAAACAAAAAUAGCAUUGUUACGGAUUGUGAUUGAUUGAGCAUACUUAUUACGAUUGAAUUAUAAAGCGUGAAAGAUUUGUAUAUGUUAUACUACCUGGCGCAAAGACGUCCGGUAGAUUUCUAAUGUUUUUUUGAAAUAAGAAUUCGCGCCUAAAUGAGUGCUAAAGGCCAGCACAAUUGCGUUUUGUGUGACUCAAAAUUAGAAUCCAAGGAAGCUUUGCAAGCACAUUUUAGAAAACAUGCCAACAAAGAAAUAGAUACUCGAGGUAGAUCUGUGAAGACUAACAAAAAUGAUGAUACCCAAUGUGAUAUGUGUGGACAAACAUUUGAUUCAAUUACUGCAACAAUACGACAUAGAUUUAAAGUACAUCCUAAUUCACCAACAAAAUUUUAUUGCCAUUAUUGUGGAAUGCAAUUUCCUGUAAAAACACACAGAGAUAAUCAUCAAGCAUCGCAUGAUUCAUCUGAAAGUGAGAGGAAAGAACAACAUAAAAAAUGCGAAGACUGUGAUGUAUUGUUUUAUAAUGAAAAAGCUUUAGAUUAUCAUUAUCGUUCUAUACAUAAAAGAAUGGUACAUUUAUUUCAACCAAUAGCAACACCACCCCCUAGCAAUAAAAUCAAAUUGAACUCAAUGAAUGAUGCUUUAAGUGUAUAUUACUGUCAUUUGUGCGGUGUUGAAUAUAUUAUAAAAUUUAAUUUACAGCGUCAUUUGGAAAGAGCACAUACUCAAGAAGAAAGGGAAGCUGUUCCAGAAGAUUUAAUAAAAUGUACAGUAUGUGCUGCUUUAUUUUGCAGCAAAAAAGCAUAUGAAGUACAUAAUAAUUAUCAUCAAUCAGAUGAUCUAUAUGUAACAUCAGAGGAACAAAGAUUACAAACAGUAACUAAAGUAGACCAAGAUUUUGAUAUUAGGCGUGUUGAAGGAGUUGCUGAUAAAUAUGUCCCAAAAACUAAUACUUCCAAAAGAUCUGCUAAAAAUUGGACAAAGCCUAAAAAAACACAGAAAGUAAAAGUAAAACAAAAAGAUUAUUCUUCUUCAGAUGAUGAACCUGGUGCUAUUAAUGAAUCCAGUGAUUCAGAAAGUGAUCUUCCAUUGAAACAAAGAAUUUGCAGCUAACGGAGGUCUUUUAUUGUUUAUAAAAUAUUUCUAUGUUUAUACUUUUUAAAUAUUAAAAUUAUAUCAAAAGGAUUGUCAUUGUAAAAUUAUCACGUAAAUUUUAUUUUUAACUUCUAUGCAAACAUAAUGUGAUUGUAGAUUAUAAUCUCUGUAUUAGUAUUUUUUAUAUUAAUAUAUAUACAUAUUUUUUUGUUUAUUUAA